AUGACAAUUUCUUUUAAUUACCAAAAUAACGAAAUUGUUUCAUCACCGACAGUUAUAGUUAGUGGGUCAACUUCAACAGGACUUCACCGAGGGGUAAUAGGUUUCACGAAUAAUGGCAAUAAAGUAUUCCCACCUCAAUAUUUUGAAGUUAAUAAUGGACAAUUUAAAGCUAUAAUUCAUGUUUCACCAGGUGAACCAAACAACUUUGAAAUAGAAAUAUAUGAUAAUGCAUUCAUAAAUCCAUUUGGGUUUCCUGAUUAUAAUGGUAAACCACAUACAGUAGAUAAAGGAUUUUUGAUACUUAGUUUUAAUCCCUUACCACAAAAUAAACCCGUUUAUUUAUGUAUAAUUAGGGGAAGAGAUUCACCAAAUACUUAUGAUAUGCCAAAUUAUAGAUUAGCUAGAGGCGAGCGUCCAACAUUAGAAAAUGCCAUCAAGAAAUUAAAAGUUGCAGGCAGAUUAAUUCAAGCAUAUACUCAGGAUGAAAUGAGAGCUGUUGGUUUCAGUAAUAGAUCAUUCCAAUUUGUUGAAGAAACUGUACUGAAUCAAUCACUUUUUGGUUAUAAUGUUAAUUCUCCAACACCUCAUCAAGAAGUCAAAGUAUUUGUUCUAACAAGUCCCAAAUCCGUUGCGGAACUUAGAUCACCAGAUUUGGCACAACAAAACCCAAAAGCUAAAGAUUCGGGUGGUCUAUUUAGUCAUGCAAUUGAUCUUAUAAAAAACACUCCAGAAAUUUAUAAUUCCAAAAAUGGUACAGCUGUUCAAUGUGCUGUAUUUUAUAUAGAUUCAACUUUUGAUAAGAGGAAUAAUAUGAUCUUGGCGCAUGCAGCAUUAGGUGGAGGAACAAAUGAGGUGAAACUUGGUAUAUUUGGUUCACAUGGAUUACACUCGUUUGCACAAAAUUUUCCUUUGGUUACACCAUCUUUUUUAGAUGAUACAAGACUCUCUACCCUGGAAGUUGCAAAUGAUUGUGGAGAAUGCUCUACAAGUUAUGAAUGUUAUAAUAUAUGCUUUGGAGCUUUUAUUCACGAAGCUGGAGGACAUAUGCUCGGAUGUCCUCACCAAGUUGAUGGUAUAAUGCUUAGAGAUUACGUUAUGCUAAAUCGUUCCUUUAUGACUAGAGAAUUGAAAAAUGUUAGAACUGGCUCUUCUGGUAAAAUUAUAGGUAGUGAUGGUCAAUGGCCAGUAUGUCAUUGGAAUAGAUUAGAUUUAAUUAGAUUUUUAUUUCAUGAUUCAUUUUCCUUACCAAUUGAUAAUUUUGAAAAAGUUUAUUCAACAACAAUGAAACCUGACAAUCUGUACCAAUUAUCAACUUCACCAAGUCUGUAUGCUCUAUCAAAUGGUGCAAUUGCAAAAUCGGAUAAUGGAAUAUUUUUAGUAGAGGUGGUCGAUGGAGAAUUAGCCAGAUAUCAUGAAGCAUAUUUACCUGCAAUGUAUGGUGGUCAGGGUUUACAAGGUCAAAUUAAACUCAGCUAUAAAGAUUUAUUAAAAAAAGUAAGAAGUAUGAAAGGAGAUGUUAAUGAUGAAUAUAAAGUUAGAGUUUUAUCAUUAGGUGGAGAUCUUUUUAUUGAUAAUUUCAAAAAGCAUUGUUCAGAUCAACAUCAAGAAAUUAUCAGAAAUGAUUUUGGUUUAGGUAGAGGUGAAUUGAUGGGAGCUAAAAGUUCAAUAUUAGGAAAUGCAAAAGGUCCAAUGCAUUAUGUUGGAUUCAAUGUAAAAACGAUCUUUAAAAUCAGAAUUUAUUCAGGUGGGGCAUUAGAUGGUGUCAAAUUUUUUUAUAGAGGUGGUGGUUCAUCAAUAGCUCCAAAAGUUCCUCGUCGAAAUUAUAUAAAGAACUUUUUGAGCAAUAACCAAACACCAUUAAAUUUUGAUACUACAAAUAAUACAUCAGAAGCAAUUGCAGUAGUAGGAAGAGAGAAGGGCAAUUAUGCUGAGUUUGUACUUGAUGAAGGGGAAUACAUCACAAAAUUUAAUAUUCGAAAUGGUGCUUGGAUUGAUGCUAUUCAAUUUGUUACAAAUAAAAACAGAAUUUCAUCAAUGUUUGGAAAUACAAAUGGUGGACAUAUAUCUAGUUUAGAAGCCCCUACUAGUGACAAUGAAAUUAUUGGUAUGUAUUUCUAUAUGGGUGACUGGUUGGAUGGAUUAGGCAUUAUAUAUACCUCUUAA